AUGGACAUCGACAUGGACCUCGACCUCGGUCCUCUCCCAGAGCCCGAGCCGAUUGAGAUGGAACAAACACUCCACGCUGCAACCGCCACCUCCGCAGACGGGACAAUCGCCGACCCCCAAACAGCCGAAACCCAAUCUGAGAAAGUUCACGUCCGUGGAGUAGAUGAAUUGACCACGGAUAAUAUCAAAGAGUUUGCAUCAACGUAUUUCACUCUUGAACCACCCGCCCGCAUCGAGUGGAUCGACGAUACCUCCGCAAACAUCGUUUACUCCUCGCCCGAGGUCGGCCUACAGGCCUUAGCUGCCCUUACCCAUGACGGUGAACUCCAAGAGGGGGGUGCUGCUAGCGAGACAGCCACUCCCACAGUGCCGGGAGAAAUCCCCGUUCUCCGGCUCCGGUCGGCGAAAGUGCUCGCUUCACACCCGGACUCUGUUCUCCAGGUGCGCACCGCGGUGAAGGCAGAUAAGAAGAAGCCGCGCGCAUAUGAGGCGAGUCGGUUCUACAUGAUGCACCCGGAGCAUGACCCACGGGAGCGAUUGCGCCGCGAACUAGAGACGGAUCGGCGGCGCAGCGUGGGAGGAGAUAGCGAUGGUGACUACCGGCGGAGGCGGUUCGAUGGACGGGAGCUGCGCCGCCGUCGGGAUCGGGACCAUGAGGAGGGUAUCACAGCAAAUAUGUACGAUGAUGCUCCGGCGGGGGAUCGUUCUGACGGGGACAGAGAUUGGGAUCGUGGGAGGCGGAGACGAGGAAGUGGACGUCGCGAUCGCGAGCAAGAGUUAUUCCCAGAUGAAGGCUCGAGAUCAGGACGACUACGCCAUCGCAGCGCGUCCCCUGGUCGUGAUACUCUUAUGAUGGAGGGUGGCUACAUUGAGGAACGACAUGAAGCGCGUCGACGGUUCCGUGAGCGCUCACCACCGGCCCGACGGAAUGAAGGCCGGGAGCUAUUCGGCUCGACUGAGGGGGACACAAACUCGCGCGAACUGUUCCCUAACAAGACAGCAAACACGUAUCUCAAGAAAGAGCUGUUCCCGUCCAAGGUCAGCAACCAUCGCCGAUCCGACGCCAUCGACGUCGCAGACGAGACGGCAGACUUGUUCGCAAGGCGUAUAUCGCACCCCUUAGUGGACGGCGCUCAAGACACCAAUCCAAAGCGGAACCGUAACGUCGAGCUCUUCCCAGACUCGUCACGAUCAGAACAAACCGGGAGAGGUGUCAACAUCCGCGGGGCAGCCGGCGAAGACCAGGGAUUUGCGAUUCGAGGUGCAGCGGAAAACGGUAUCUCAAUCAAAGGCAGGGGCGGAGCAUCGGUUCGCGAGCUCUUCCCGUCAAAAUAUAAUAAUAACGCCGGCAACAACGCCGGCAAAGAGCUGUUCUCUGAUAAGAUUGAGGGCCGGGGAGGACCGCGCCGGAGGGCUGAGGACAUGUUUAGUUAG